AUGGUAGGAAAAGCUAGAUCUUCCAAUUUUACCUUAUCUGAAAAGCUUGAUUUGUUAAAGCUGGUGAAGCCAUAUGUUAAAAUUCUGGAAGAACACACUAACAAACAUUCAGUGAUAGUGGAAAAGAAUAGAUGUUGGGAUAUCAUAGCAGUUAACUAUAAUGCAAUUGGAGUAGACCGCCCUCCUCGAACAGCGCAGGGCCUACGCACUCUUUACAAAAGGCUCAAAGAAUAUGCCAAACAGGAGCUAUUGCAGCAAAAAGAGACCCAGUCAGAUUUUAAAAGCAAUAUUUCUGAGCCAACCAAGAAAGUUAUGGAGAUGAUUCCCCAGAUUUCCAGUUUUUGCCUGGUAAGAGACAGAAACCACAUACAAAGUGCAAACUUGGAUGAGGAAGCACAGGCUGGUACCAGUUCACUACAGGUAAUGUUGGACCGCCAUCCAGUUGCUAUUACAGUGGAGGUGAAGCAAGAAGAAGACAUUAAGCCCCCUCCUCCACUGGUUUUAAAUUCUCAACAGAGUGAUACUUUAGAGCAAAGAGAAGAACAGGAAUUAGUGCCUGUAAUGGAAAGAUCUUUGUCACCAUCACUUUCCUCUGUUGAUAUGAGAAUGACAUCGUCUCCAUCUUCUAUCCCAAGGAGAGAUGAUUUUUAUCGGCAUGAGAGUGGAGAAAAUUUUAGGUCACAAUUAGGGUAUGAUCCUCAGAUUCUACAAAUGCUGAAAGAGGAGCAUCAGAUAAUUUUAGAAAAUCAAAAAAGUUUUGGAUUAUAUGUUCAGGAGAAGAGGGAUGGAUUGAAAAGAAGGCAGCAGCUAGAGGAAGAGCUGCUAAGAGCAAAAAUUGAAGUUGAGAAGCUGAAAGCAAUUCGACUACGGCAUGAUCUACCUGAAUAUAAUAGUCUCUAA